CCCUGUGCUUCGGUUACCACAGCAACCAGUGAGCUUGUGCGCGCUUCCGUGGCCGCCUCGCAAGUAACAACAAACAACCGCAUAAACAGUUUUAUUUCUCCAAAACAGGAGUUUUGUAAAAAUGCGGCGGCCAAAGUAUUUCACGCCGAUGGAGGUAUCACUUCACAACACUAUCGAAGAUAUAUGGGUGUCGUACCUGGGCAAAGUCUACGAUCUCACACCGCUGCUGGGGGAAAACAAAGGUGAUGUGUUGUUGAAACCCAUCACAGAGUGUGCAGGAAAGGACAUCAGUCACUGGUUUGACCCGAAGACAAAGGAUAUUCUUACACAUGUUGACCCGAUGACUGGCUGCAUCCAAUACUACACCCCUAGGGGGCGCUUUUUACACAUACCCACUCCCUGCUCUCGCACUGACUGGGCCAAUGAUUUCGGGAAGCGGUGGUGGAAGAAUAACCGCUACGAGGUUGGGCUGCUGUCUGCCAAAACACGCUGGAUCCGCAUUAUCAACACUUUAACCUCCCAAGAGCAGAGGCUGGAGGUUUGCUCGGAGGAGACUCUGGAUGAGAUUCUCCAGCGAUAUCUGUGCUACAAUUCCCAUGCAGCAAGCUACACCUGGAAGCACAAUGGCGUAAAUUUAGACAUGAGCAAGACCCUGAGUGAAAACGGCAUCCCUGAAGAGGACGAGUUUUACUGUGGAAGCCCAGAGUGUGACCUCUUCUGUCCAUCUAUAUGUCUUUAUUUCAAUGACGACCUCACUGAACUUUAAGAAACGCAUGCUAUUAAAAUGAAUAAUGGCAUAUAAUUCAUUAGAAUAUCCACUGCAAGCCAUUUUGAGUGAGAAGAAUAUACCACAUCAACUAUUCAUGUGUUCAGUGUUUCAUCGAUUCCUCUCUGUGGUUAUCUUAUUGCAGCUCUGUGCUUCAUCCAAUCAAAUGCUGAGCAACAGAAUAAAAAAGAUUAAUGCCAGCCUACAUAAUAACCCCCUGAACCAUUAAGUCUGGUGGUUGCCAUGGUAAUUGCUCGGAGGAAAUGCGUUAGCUACUGUAUUGUAGGCCCCAGCAGGCUCUCAACCCUAAUUAAGUAGUAUUAUAUAUGUAUGCAUGUACACAGAAAUGAUUUCAUGCAGCCAAAAUUUCAUUUUAAUCACUGCUUUAUGAGACUAUGUCAUUACCAUCUGCAAACGUGGAUCUUUUUGCAAGCAGUUUAAUUUGCCUGUGCACUGUUUACUUGGUCUAUAUUUUUGGGAAGCCUUUUGCUCUGUGUGCAC